GCCACAGUGUCAGUUAUCUACUCUUGCUAGCUUUCUAUUCUAGACUGUGUGUGGAACAUUCUGUGAUGUCAGAGUUACCCGUCAUAAAUCUUUGCCACGAAGUGAGAUGUGCUCAAUUUGAUCAUCUGACAGUGCAACACAGACCUCAGACUGAAGAUGAUGACACUGGUGUGGAUUACAGUGAUUAUGUUUAAUAAAAUUGAUUCUGCAGAGACAAAUGAUGUCAAUCAACCAAAUCCAAUAAUCACCGCUAAUGUUGGUGAUAACGUGACUCUACACUGCUUUCGAAUGCGAUCGGACUCUGGAGCUAUGGUUUGGUACAAGCAAAAAGUAGGACACAAGCCUCGUGUAUUGGUCACAGUUCAGCACGGACCCAGUUACAAAGAUGAGUUCAAGUCACCAAGAUUCAGCAUCGAGAAUGAAAAGACAAGCUGCCAUUUAAAAAUUUCUCAUGUGGAACCCUCAGAUGAAGCCGUGUAUUACUGUGGAUUUAUAGUAUUUUCAACAUCAUUUGGAAAAGGAACAUUUUUAUCAGUGAAAGGUGAUGGAGAUGUAAAAGUGUCAGUGUUCCAGAGCGGCGUGUCGGACUCGGUUCCUGCAGGAGCGUCAGUGACUCUGCAGUGCUCGGUUCUCUCUGAGAGCAGAUCAGCAGAACUCCAAGUGCUCUGGUUCAGAGCUGCUCCAUCACAAUCCCAUCCUCAAAUCAUUUACACUCAUCACAACAGCAGCCAUCAGUGUGAGAGCGGCUCUUCUACACACACCUGUGUGUACAACUUCUCCAAGAACAUCCUCAGCCUCAAUGAUACUGGAACUUACUACUGCGCUGUGGCCUUGUGUGGGAAGAUCAUUUUUGGGAACGGGAGACAAAUACAGUUGGAGAGAUCUGUGGAUCCUGUAGUGAUCUACCUCGCUGUAGCUUUGGGAGUGUGUGUGGUCGUGAUCUUUGCUUUGACCUUUCUCAUAACCUGUGAAAGGAGAAACUGUGAACAAACCAGUGUGAGAAUAAAACAAGGUUCAGUGACAGACAAUACCCUUAAUCAGAAUUCAUUCCUACAGGACUGUGACAAUGAGCUGAAUUAUGCUGCCUUACAUUUCAAUGAGAGGAGAGCCAAACGAGGACGAGUGAAGAAACAACAACCUCAAGACGUUAUAUAUUCUGAUGUGCGAGGUCGUUCUAUAAUGUAGAUUUGAUCUCUAAUCUGAUUCAGUGUCAUUAGUUCUGUUAUCAGGUUUCAUUUUCAGUGUAGAUAUGUUUUUAUUCAUGAUUGUUCAGACAGAAUUUAAACAGCUGAACGAUCUAGAAGUCUCAACAUCUCAAUGAAUAAAAUGAGAACGCAGUUUUAGACAUCGUUAAGCGUGUGGAAAUGUUUUUUAAAAACGUAUAACAUUACCCUGCCUUUCAUGCUAUGUUAUGAAUAUUUGUAUUAAAAUU